CGGUUAUACAAGAAAUAAACGGACAAAAGACAGGAAAAAGCUGGCGAAGAAGAGGAAAGAAACUCUGAGCUCCAGACAGGAAAUGACCCUGAUGGUCAACAGCUCCCAAUGCACAACUAUGGUGGACACACACACACACACUCUGAACGGACGCACUGUGUCCUCUCCGUCCUCCUUCACCCUGAAGACAAACACCAUCAGCACCACCGUGCCCAACUCAUACUACCCAGAUCCCUUCGUGCCGACGGCCAUCCUGGUGCCCAUUAAUGACGACAGCCACACGAUGACCAGUGAGACCAGCAGCCUGGUUCAGUCGCACUAUAAGCAGCGAGAGUCAGAGAGAGAGGCGUUGCCCUAUCAGACGGGACAGCUGCACCCCGCCAUCAGGGUGGCUGACCUCCUGCAGCACAUCACUCAGAUGAAGUGUGCCGAGGGGUACGGCUUUAAAGAGGAGUACGAGAGUUUCUUCGAGGGCCAGUCGGCUCCUUGGGAUUCGGCCAAAAAGGACGAAAACCGCAUGAAGAACCGCUACGGAAACAUCAUCGCCUACGACCACUCUCGUGUGCGUCUGCAGCCUCAGGAUGGAGAGAACGGCUCUGACUACAUCAAUGCAAACUACGUGGACGGAUACCACCGACCCAAUCACUACAUCGCCACCCAAGGUCCCAUGCAGGAGACUGUGUACGAUUUCUGGAGGAUGGUUUGGCAGGAAAACACCGCCGCCAUCGUCAUGGUAACUAACCUGGUGGAGGUGGGGCGGGUGAAGUGUUGUAAAUACUGGCCAGACGACACAGAGAUUUACGGCGACAUGAAGGUGACGCUGAUCGAGACCCAGCUGCUUUCAGAGUACGUGAUCCGGACCUUUGCCGUGGAGAAGCGUGGCGUGGCAGAGAUCAGGGAGAUCCGGCAGUUUCAUUUCACCGGUUGGCCGGAUCACGGCGUGCCGCUUCACGCCACUGGCCUGCUCGGAUUCAUCCGCCGCGUCAAGGCCAAAACCCCCCCGACCGCCGGACCAACCGUAGUCCACUGCAGUGCGGGCGCAGGGCGUACAGGCUGCUUCAUAGUGAUCGACAUCAUGCUGGACAUGGCGGAACGAGAAGGCGUCGUCGACAUUUACAACUGUGUCCGAGAGCUACGAGCACGCAGGGUGAACAUGGUGCAGACAGAGGAGCAGUACGUCUUCAUCCACGACGCCAUCUUGGAGGCGUGUCUCUGCGGCGACACCGCCAUCCCGGCCAAUCAGCUGCGCUCUGUGUACUACGAGAUGAACCGAUUGGACCCUCAGACCAACUCCAGCCAGAUCAAAGAGGAGUUCAGGACGCUGAACAUGGUGACGCCCACGCUGCGGGUGGAGGACUGCAGCAUCGCUCUGCUGCCGAGGAACCACGAGAAGAACCGCUGCAUGGACGUCCUUCCUCCAGACCGCUGCCUCCCCUUCCUCAUCACCAUCGACGGGGAAAGCUCCAACUACAUCAACGCUGCUCUCAUGGACAGCUACAAGCAGCCGUCAGCGUUCAUCGUUACCCAGCAUCCUUUGCCGAACACGGUGAAAGAUUUCUGGCGUCUCGUCCUCGACUAUCACUGCACGUCCAUCGUCAUGCUGAACGACGUGGACCCCGCACAGUUGUGUCCUCAGUACUGGCCUGAAAACGGCCUCCAUCGCCUCGGCUCUCUGCAGGUGGAGUUUGUUUCUGCAGAUCUGGAGGAGGACGUCAUCAGUCGCAUCUUCAGGAUCUACAACACGGCCAGGCCUCAGGACGGGUACCGCAUGGUGCAGCAGUUCCAGUUCCUCGGCUGGCCGAUGUACCGCGACACGCCCGUAAACAAGCGCUCCUUUCUGAAGCUCGUCCACCAGGUGGACAAGUGGCAGGACGAGUACGACGGGGGGGAAGGGAGGACCGUGGUGCACUGCCUAAAUGGCGGUGGUCGUAGUGGAGUGUUUUGCAGCGUCAGCAUCGUGUGUGAAAUGUUACGUCAGCAGCGCUGCGUCGAUAACUUUCACGCCGUAAAAACUCUGAGAAACAACAAACCAAACAUGGUGGACCUGCUGGAGCAGUAUAAGUUCUGCUAUGAAGUCGCUCUGGAGUAUCUGAACUCUGCUUGAACCCAACGAGAGGAGAGGAGACAAGGAGUCAAGGAGAGGAGGAAGGAGAGGAGGUUUACUACUGACUGCAGGAGGAGGAGGAGGAGGAAGAGGAGUUUUUGCACUGCCUUGUUUGAACUCACCGUGUCAUUUUUUUACAUUUUUUGUCGUCUUGAUGAACCAAAACAUCUUCGCUUUUUCACUCCGAGUGGAGCGUCCUGUCAGCGAACACACAGGAUCUUUGUGAACUCACCUCCACCUGUUUCACCGCUGCUUUAAUAAAGGACUUCCUGUUUACAUUUCUCAACGCACAGCGACACGUGGAGCUGCUGGAAUAUUUCAAACAAUGGUUUUAAUUGUACGUGAUGCUUAAAGUUCAUGAAGUGCAAACACCAAAGAAAGGGUCAAAAAGAAACGGGAAAUAUUUCAAAUUAUUAAAGAAAAUAAUUAGGAAUAAAAUGUUUCCUCGUCACGAAAAAGAUAUUUAGUAAUAACGGAAAAUUAUGUAUAAUUAGGGGAGAAUAUUACUUGAUACUAGAAAAAUAAAUAAUAAGAAAUAAAAAAUAAAUAUAUACACAUUUAGAAUUUCUUUUUUUUCUUCUCGUAAUCACGAAAAAAACUGUUUACAUGAUUACGGAAAAAGAAAAGGACUAUUAAGAUAUACAUUUUAAUUUUUAAAAUGAUGCCCAAAUUUAAGGUAGUAUUGAGACAAAUAUAUUUGAUGCGAGAGGGAUUUAAAAAAACAAGGAAAGGUUUCAGAAUUACAGAAAUAAUCCCGAAACUAGUUUUUAUACUUAUGAAAAACAUUUUUAAUAAUAAUAAUAAAAACAUUUGAUGGGAAAGAAACAUGUUUAUUAUAUGAAAUAUAUAAUUACAAAUAAAUGUAUUUUGAGAAUUUUGCAGAAUAACUCAUUUAAAGUCACUUUUCAUGAAUCUGGGAAUAUGUGUCGCUGUGUUUAAAACAUGGUAUGGUCCUUUAACGAGCACUAAUGUUAUAUAAUGACUUAAAAACACUUACAAAUGAACCAUAAUUACAUCAAACUAAAGAUUUGUUCGUCAGCUUUCAGUCGUGAGAGUCUCUGAACAUCGCCUGGUUUUUAUUUCAACAUAUUUUAGCGUUGGUUUCACUGUCGUCGUCCGUCUUCUUCUUCUUCUGUGGUGUUUUCUCCUCCUGAGUUUCGGGCAGCUGUUAAUAUUGUACAUAAGGAAGCAGGAAGCAGAAUAUUUAUUCCUUCAGUCGUUUCGAUGUCGUCUUGUUCUCGCAGCGCAGAGAGACAAUCACUAUUCAAUAUUUACGUUGUUUCCAUUAAACCAAUCAUUUUUUUAAACUCACAGUAUCGGCUGCUCGUAAUCACUGUCACUCUUAAAUUGUCUGUUUUUAAAAGGGACCUUUGUGUUGCUUAAAACACAAACACAAAAAAACAGAGUCCGUCCUUCCGUUAAAUAUGUGGUUUUUGAAGUAACCCUAGUUUUUAAUGGCUCUGGGUUAUUGGUGUAACCCUGGUUAUUAAUGGCUCUGGGUUGUGGUUAUUGAUGUAACUAUUUUUAUUAAAUAACUCUGGGUUAUUGGUGUAACUCUGGUUAUUAAUGGCUCUGGGUUGUGGUUAUUGAUGUAACUCUGGGUUAUUGAUGUAACUGGUUAUUAAUGGCUCUGGGUUGUGGUUAUUGAUGUCACUCUGGUUGUAAAUGGCUCUGGGUUAUUGAUGUAACCCUGGUUAUUAAUGGCUCUGGGUUAUUGAUGUAACUCUGGUUGUAAAUGGCUUUGGGUUAUUGAUGUAACUCUGGUUGUAAAUGGCUCUGCUGCUGACGAGAACAUUAUUGUAAUGAAAGCUUUUAUUUAUGUUGUAUGAUUAUAAAAUACUGCAAAUAAAAAUAUGUAUACACUCUUAAA